GGGCUGUAAUGAGAGUGCGCCUGAAGUUAAAGAGGCAGCGAUAUUAGGGAGUAGCACCGCGGCACAUUUCAAAGCAUUUUCUCGGCGAUAUUUGAAAAACGGAGUCGUGCGGUGAACUCCUGCGUGUCCCUUUUAAAACAAACCCUGCGCCUGUCAAUCACCGCACAUUCCAACCAAUCCCAAAGCUCCCUUUUUAAAAGCAGGUUUGCCUGCUGUGCUUUUAUAUUGCACCAUGGCCUGUUUCGAAGCAUUUUUUACUACCACGGUUAUUGCCACAAAUCAAGAGGGCAAAGUGAACCGGCAUGGGACUCACACCAACUCUAACGAAACUGAGUCUGGUUGCAGCUUCCGCGAUGUUCACGGCCAAGAAUUUCACAUGCAGAUGAUAUACAGCAAGGGGAGAGAAAAAAAAACAGCAACAUGGGAGCAGAGUUUCUAGGUACAUCCUGACUGCUUGCACUGGUUGAUUUCUGCAAACUCACAGGCAAACUCACAACAAAACAUGACAAGCCUUUCGAGGUUUAGUGGCUGCCCUCUCUCUUGCGUCAACCCCGGGGAGAGCAAUACUGAACCCAGCGUGGUGCUGCCACCUUUGGCAGGGGAGCACAUGGGACACCCCACUGGCAGUUCCUUAAAACUCUGCCCCUCGCACAAUUUGCGAGACUACCCCGAGACGAGGUCCAGUGCAUAUGUUGACCACUCGGUUCCCAGUUUUUCAGACUCUGGAUAUCCCAGUCACCGGUUAGAGCACAGCCCUAGGGGCAUUAUCAUUGGAGCAAAUCUCUCUGGAGCCGGCAUGCCACCCGUCACUGAUCAACUGGCACCAAGACCCAACCAACAUGGCGGGAUGGGAAGGUACCGGGACUUUGCUGGCUGCAGGGACAACAGGAGCCACGCUUUUUUUGCCAGCUACCAGGAGCAGGCCCACGCCUCCACGGACGCGUCCCGCGACCUCGGCGGUCAGAUGAUGCUGGGUCUACCUGGCGACCUCCUCACCCGGACUCACUCCUACGGCCAGACCAUCAACCCCAAGGGAAACAGCCAGCAGAUUGUCACCCAGUUCCUGGGUCUCUACAAGCCCCUGAACAUGGCGAUCCAGCGUGGGGGAGCCGACGCCUUCCUCAGGUGCUCCAAACAGACGGUGAAGCAUGAGCUAGUGUGCAAGUGGAGUGACGGCAAAGAGGCAGGAACGGGGAAGCUGCCCUGCUCCAGAGCCUUCGGGACCAUGUAUGAACUUGUCACCCAUGUGACAGUGGAGCACGUCGGAGGACCCGAGCACUCUGAAUACAUUUGUCACUGGGAGAACUGUGCGAGGGACAGGAAGCCUUUCAAAGCCAAAUACAAGCUGGUGAAUCACGUCAGGGUCCACACUGGGGAGAAGCCCUUUCCCUGUCCAUUUCACGGCUGUGAGAAAGUUUUUGCUAGAUCAGAGAAUCUAAAGAUCCACAAGAGGACUCACACAGGUGAAAAACCGUUUAAAUGCGAGUUUGACGGCUGCAACCGGAGAUUCGCGAACAGCAGCGACAGAAAGAAGCACUCCCACGUCCACUCCAGUGAUAAACCCUACAUGUGCAAGGUCAGGGGCUGUGACAAGUGCUACACCCACCCGAGCUCUCUACGGAAGCACAUGAAGCUCCACUGCACCAAGGAGCACGUCGCCAAAGGCGGCGACGCGCCUCCCGGUGACGGGGGUCAUGCUGCGGAGGGCAGGCCGGCCCGAGCGUCGGACGUUGGCCAGAUCAGCCCCCCUCAAGCCCCCACCUCCACUCAGGAUGUCCCCCUGUCCCCUGAGAGCCGGGACGAGUCGACCCCGAGGUCACGCUUCCAUCACGCGUUUGACAGCAGUUUGGACUACUCCGCGCACAGGUCGCAGCCCCUCUUGGACCCUUUGUUGCUGCAGAGGGGCAGCUACAGGUCCCAGUCUUCCCAGUACCCCUGCGGCCAGACUGGUCACGCUUUUGCCCAGACCUCGCGGACUUUCUCCUCGGCUUCUCCCUUUCAGAAGAGCAUCGUGAACGGAUGGUACACAUGCCACAGUGGCGUGGACACGUUCCCACCAAAGCAGUGCAACAACAUCCCCUCCCUCUGAGAACCUGAACGCAAACUGUGGGCCUCUGUUUUCAUGUUGUAGCCUAAAACCCAGCAGCUGUUUCUCUUUUACUCUGUGUACUUUUGUGAAUGCUGUAUGAAAUAGUUUCUGAAAAGUCCUUUUGAAUUUUGCAUUGCGAAAUAUGGCCAAGUUUUUGUCGUUCUUAUUGUUCUCCGCUCUCCCUUACAUCUCCACAGUGUGCUUUAGGAGCGCAUACGCGUUGCAUAACUUAAAAAAAAAAUGUCGGUCUGUCUUAAAAGUGAAAAGAAAAUGAUUGUUUUUUUUAAUGUAAGUUUUUUAUAUAUAUAAUUAUCAGCGCAUUACGCAUUCUGAACCUAAAAUCUCUUACAGGAAAGUUAAAAAAUAAAUCUGAAUGUAGCCCUCACAGUAGGGGUCUUUGUUGAAUGUAAACUAGGUUUAAUGUAUGUCGGGAUGAAUAGAAAUAUUAUUCAUGACUUUAUGUAUAUCGCAGGUUGAAUCAUUAUCUGGAUGAUCUUUACUUAGGUUAAAUUUUGAGAUCUAACAGGCCUGCUUGGUGGGCCUGCAGCAUGAUUUGACUUUAAUUAAUAUACCGGCAGGCUCAUUAUUUUUUUCCUUUCCCUUACCCUUGAUUAUGUUCAACAUCCUCGCUCCUUUUUUCCAUGAAACAUUCGUGCUCUAUAAUAUGUGUUUAUUUCACAUUUCUGUGCAAAGUGAGUAAAACCAGAGUGUUCGUGUUAAUGGGAAAAAAAAACAAAAAACGUUUAAUUAGAAUACCUUCCUGCUGUACAUAAGCAUACUGUAUAAUUAAUUAUGUAUCUUAUAUUUUAUUAAAGUGUCUAUAUUCUCUUUGAUCAGAUAUGUGUGAUAUACCCUCAUCAAAUAAUUUUCAACAAAGAUGCAAACUUUUCUCUGGGUACAAAAAAAGAGAGAAAUUAUCCAUGUCCUGUGUUAAGAUUUGGAAUUCAGUGUGAAGCCCUCCUACAGCUCUUAAUAUACAUAUGGAAGAAAAAUCUAUCUGAGUUAAAUGAGACUGAUACAUGCAUCUGUGAGGGCUGUCCUUUAUUUAUUUUAUCAUGUCUGUUUGCCUUGUUGAGUUCCCUGACAUGACAUUUGACGUAAAUUGGUGCUAUAUAAAUAAACUGAAUUUAAUUUGAUUUAAUAUACAGAACUACACUAUCUUGUAAUAUGAGAGCAUCCUGGUAACAGCUUGCCUUAAUGUUCAUAUGUCUGUUUUAUAAUUGAUCAAAAUUACUGGGUUUCAUGUUGCGUUUUCUAAUUUUUCAACCCAUCUCAACGUUCAUUGAAGGCAAAUAUAACUCAUGUUGGAAAAGUCUUGGUUAAAGAAACAGCUUUCAAACAAAGAUGUUGGUUUUGCUUUGUUAGAUUUUCUUUCUGCUAAUGGUGAAAUGAUUGCCUCCAGUACAGUUUCACUGACACAUUUGUUCACGUUCCUUAGUUCUUGUACCUUCUGGAAUGCAAAUGUCAACAAACAGCUCAUUAUUUCGCAGGAAUGAGCCGAACAGAUCUCUCUUUUCGACGCCUGUCUUUUCUUUUUGUCUUCAGACUUUGAGUUCGCUUUUGCAAUCUAGUCUUGGUGCAAAGGCUGAACUUGUCUUCAGCGAGUUAUUGUUCCCGGUUCACACUCCCUGAUUCAUGUGUCAUAAAAUACAUCUUUGUCUAAAGAUGUCAAGAGGAGUGCAGUUGAAAGCCCAGAGACGAGCUGAAAGUACAGUAUGGGUCGUCUUGAUGAUGAAUAAAGACAUAAAAAUAAAUCUUUCACUCUAAAAAUGA